UCCAGUUGGCAAGGAAUGGAUUUUAGGCAGAUAUUUCAAGAGUUUGCUUUGAUUACCUCGUUAAUAUUUUAAAUUAUUAAAAAUAAAUGUUCUUUUCUGUAAAUAAAUGAAUUUAAACUGAAGCCGUACUGUGCUACUGAGACGCGGGCACGUUGCCCACCGGUGCGGCCUCGGUUAAGGAAUUUUGAUCAGAAUGCCAGAAAUACCCUCGAUCAUGCUAUAAAACUUGAAGGGGCCAUCCUCCAUUUUAGUUUCUAUUUAAAAUUUUGAAAAUCCACGCGCCUACAAAUAGGGCGAGGGGAUGGGUCUUUGGCCAUCUCGUCACCGGCUUCUCCCCCGAGUUCCAGCGAGCUUAGAGGAAAGCAAGGAUCUCGGGAAAAGAGAAAGGCAAGUAGGAGAAGAAGAAGGAGGCGAGGAGAUGCACCCAUCGCGGAAAAGAGAGAAGGGAGGCGACGGCGCGAUCCGGAGAUCGAAAAAGAGAGAGCGAAUGAUCUCGUCGUGCACCUCUCCUCAUCCCAACUUCCUUGCUCGCCACUCCAGCUUCAACUGGUACGAGGUCGAUAUAUGGACGGAGGUGGCCAAGUACCUUGAAGGGAAGGAUCUGGUGAGGCUGGGGAUGGCCAAUCGGUGGUUCCACCAUCUCACCAUGGAAGACAGCAUCUGGAAGUACGCCUUCCUUCGCGACCUCCAGGUGCCUCCCCCUCGACACGUGUCCUUCACCUGGAAGCAGCUCUACAGUGCCGCCUUUGACGGCAGCCACUCGUACUGCUUCCGACAACAGGAGAAGCACAUAGAUUGGAUGAGGAUCGGCGGGUUCGUCUUGGAAACGCCGUCUGUGCUGAUGACGGAGAAGCUGGUGCUGCCUAAAAAGCUGCCCAAGCCUGAAGAGGAACCGGGGCGGACCAUCCAGACCUCCGGCACGUGCGUCCUAACUAACGCCAGAACCGGAAUAUGGCUCGCUGAUCUGCAGCUCGUCCGAUGCCCCGUCUGCAACCUCAACACCUGCGAAGGAACGAUGCAGGUACUGGACGCGAGGCACGUGGCACUGUUCCUGGAGGAGGGGUACAGGAACGGAAGCUGGGAGUACGAGGACAUCGGGAUCCACCGGAUCGAGAAGCCGUCCGACACCGCCACCGGGGGAAUCUUCGAAAUCAAGUACCUCACCUCUCCCUGCACCGCCGGGGUGUUGGAUGUGAAGUCGUGGAUCGGGCAACCCAGCGACUGGCAGCCCAAGGCCAGGCUGUGUCUUCACGCGGUCGCCGUCAACACCAACCUCCAGCCAAACGAGGGGCUUCAAGUGAAAUUCCAGGCGAUGAGGAACAGCGGAGCGGAUGGAGAAGUGGUUUCCAUAAGAAUCUCCCAGCAGCUCAUUUAGCUUCUAGUGUCAUUUUACAGAUAAGUGGCAUUCUUAGAUGUAUAUAGUACUCAUAUUUUUAGAUGGAUGGGAUCUCCGCCAAAACUAAAGAAAUUCAUUUGGCGGAAAUUUUGGGGCGAAAGCCACUCCGUAUUGCUUAGCAUAGUGCAGUACAGGAUAUGUGCGUUCCCAUUUGCCUAUUGUUUGUGAUCUUUUAGUGAUCUAAAUAGAUGCAGUUGGCAGCGUAAAA